AUGUCAUCUAGUUCUCAUGUGGGAAUUCUGAUAGAGAAGGUUCCAGAUAAAAAUAUGGAAAUUUUGAAAAUUGCCUGCUCGCCUAAUUUGGAACAUGUCGUUGCAUUGGACAAAAAUAACAAUAUUAGUCUUUGGUCUAUUAAAAAAGGUGAAAGAAUGCUGGCCGUUUCAGAUAAUAAACAUGCUUCAAUUAGUCUUAAUAGAGUGGUUCCUUAUAAUUUCAAAAUUUUCAAUCUUGAAACCGGAAAGGAGGUUUUAUUGAUAUUUCCAGAUUGGCAAAAUGAAAUUAACUUCUUAUCCUUUAUCAUUAAUGGGAAUCUUAUAAUGGUCAAUACAAAGUAUUACAGAGCAUAUAUUUUUACAAGUGAAAAUAAUGUUAGUUGGGUUUGUAAAUCAAUGAUUGAAUUGAAAUAUUUUAAAACAAUUUAUAUUACCCUUAAAGGCAAAUUGAUCUUAUUUAAUGAUACGAUUUAUGAAAUUACGAUGUGGAAUAUUGAAACAUUAUCAGUUAAAACUCGUAUUUUAAUAGAUUGGGAUUAUAUACCUUGGUAUAUUGAAAUUAGUGAUGAUGAAGAAUUAUUAUUAGUGUGUGCACAUAAUGAUGAGGCUAAGGAAGCUGAAGAAAAAACACGUUUAUACUCUUUUUCCACCGAAACUGGGAUAAACCUGUCGAUGUUUACUACAUCAUUAGUAAUUAGAAGAUUGCACUUGAUCGCAUCCCAAAAAGGAGAAAGAUUAUUAUAUAUUUCAGGCGAUCAAUAUAAUUUAAUGGACCCUUAUUACCUCACAAAUCCAAUAGAUGCGAGUAAACUUUUUGAAAAGAAUGAAGAUAAGCAAAUUCAGGAACCAUAUAUAAUUCGAUCAGAUAAAAUAAUUUAUACGAUUAAUACAAAAUUAUCAAUUAAAGAAUUAGUCCCUGAUAAUUCUGAUGAUUGGGUUGAAUUCUUACGAAAAAAACUGAAUGACAGAAAUAGCAUUACAGCUCCGUCAGAAAAAACAAUUGAUAUUAUAACUAAAAUUAUAAAAGAUGGUAUUUAUAACCCUGACAAAAUAAAGUUUGAAGGGAAAUAUUUAAAAUGGGAAUUAGAAUUAGAUGAUGAACAAGUCAGACUUAUAGUAGUUGAUUAUAAUUAUCACAGAAAAAACUGGAAUGAUAAAAAAAAGCAUCUGGAUAUACUUCCAUCAUUUCAUCCUAAUGGAAAAGGUUUUAUAUUACACUGUGAAAUUCUUGAAAAUGAUGAUUUCGUUACUUUGGAGGAUUUCGUUUUUGAAAAGAUGAAGAUUAAAUUUCUCACUGAGAACUGGACCUCAGGACGAAUUCUUCCUGCUUCAAGUUAUGAAACAAUCAUUUAUAAUUUAGAUAUUAAAUUUGGCAAUAAAGAGCUUUUCAAAGAGUUUUUAUUAAGAAAUAUUGAUGAUGAAUUUUAUUUAACUUGCUACGGAGAAAUUUCUAUGGAAAUAUUAAUUUCAAUAAGGGAUGAUAAAUGGAUUCGACGUUUAGGUCACAACAUUAUGGAAAAGUUUGUGAAAGAUAAAAAUCAUCUGAUUUCUAAAAUUUCUUUGUUGAGUAUUAUUUUUGAAAACUUUAAAGAGCUAUCAGAAAAUCAUCCUGCUUUUAUAAAAAGUUUGUUAUCUUUGAUUGCAUUUGUAGUUCCUUCUAUUACCGUAAAUCCAAAAUCUACUUCUUCGCAUCUUUCCAGCUAUGGAAAAUACUAUCAUUUAUCUAAAAUAUCGUCUUUUGAUAUAUUUUCUAAUCCUUGUGUUCGUUUGCUUAGUUAUCCUUUUCAACUCCGUGAACAUGUGAUAUUUACCCAAAAAGAUAAAUGGACAGGUUUUAAAAAACCUUUUAUUUCAAAAAAUCUUAAUGAAAUUCUUCUACUCCCCGAAGAACCUUCUCUUAAAGAAAUUGAGUAUAAUAUUGAACAUCGAAUUGAGGGAAUUAAGAGAAUAAUUGAGAGUAAAUUUAAGGAUCUACCCACUCUUAAAGAUCUUGAGGAUCUAAAAGAAUCAAUUAAAGAACUUAAAACAAAUAAAUAA